GCUGUUCACAAAAGCUCCACAGCCUCCACAAUGACCCUGAAGAUGACUCCCUCUGCCAGCCUGCUACUGCUGCUCCUGCUUGGCCUCUCUCAGGCACAACCUCUCCAGGAGGAAGGAGACCAAGAAGAAGUCCCAGACACUGUGGACAUCACCACCAGGAUUCUGACCUCCAACAACCACACGGAUGAGAUCCUCCUGGAAGGAGACCUUCUGGCUCCCAGAACCAGAAAUGCCUUAAAGUGCUUGUCCCAAAGCUGCCUGUGGAAGAAAGGCUCCAAUGGCUUGGUGACAAUCCCCUACACCGUGAGCCGUGAGUUCACCGGCUCUGAGAGGCAGAAGAUCGAAUAUGCCUUGAGGUCCUUCCACAGUAUAACCUGCAUCCGCUUUGUCCCCCAUCGGAACCAGAACGGCUACAUCAGCAUUGAGAACAAAUCAGGAUGUUACUCGGCUCUGGGCAAACAGGGGGGCAAACAGAUGCUUUCUCUCAACAGACGGGGCUGCCUCCACCACGGUACCAUCCAGCACGAGAUCAACCACGCUCUGGGCUUCCGGCAUGAGCAGACCAGAAGUGACCGGGAUCGCUACGUCAGGAUCAACUGGGAGAACAUCAACCCGCAGAUGGCCUACAACUUCCACAAAAAGGACACCAACAACCUCAACACUCCCUACGACUACUCCUCCAUCAUGCACUAUGGAAGAACAGCCUUCUCUUUCCAGAAGGGAAAGGACUCUAUCACCCCCAUCCCUGAUGCCACUGUCCAGAUUGGCCAGAGGGAGGGAAUGUCCUACUGGGACAUCCAGAGGGUCAACCUGCUCUAUCGAUGCUAAAUACAAUGUUGAUAACAAGUUCAAUUAAUUCACACUUCACUCUCUGUAAUCGACCUGAUGUCACUUUCCACUGUGGAUAAAGUUGUAGAUCAAAAAUAAUUGUUAUUCCGUAUGUUCCGUUAGCAGAAUGCUUAAAACCUCGUGUAGUAACAGGCCAAAUUAAUGUGAAUAAUUGUUUAUUUAAAAAAAAGAGAGACAAAAUAUUGCUAAGUUGUUAAAACUUUUGAAGGUGUUUCAUAAACAUGUUAAGUGCAAUCCCUUCUUUCUUGAGUCUGUUUGCUCGUGCAAAAGGAAACGCAAUUAAUAUAGAUGAAUGAUAUUUAAUCAUGACUA